CAACCUCGGUUGCUGUUGCUUUCUUUCAAGUAGUCGUAAGAAUCUUCGAGUCAUUGCACCUGUUCCUUCGCAACUCGUCGAUCCCAAAAGAGAAACCAUCUACUUGUGGUAGUGACAAAUGGAUUCCACAAGUAGUGUAACGAAUAGUGAGCAUACUGCGAGUACAGAUGUCGGCUCUUAUGGUCAGCCGUCUCAGGUUGGAAUGAUAGUACCCACUGUCUCAGAGGAAGAGCAGCAAGGCGUUCGAACAAAUGGAGCUCAUUUAGCAUAUUUACCUCGAUCAGUUCGAUGGCGCAUACAACUCGGUCUUCUUAAAGACMCAACCCUUGCCAUUCCGAAUAGUGAUAAAGAAAGUCGUUGCACAUUGCAAUCCUUACUCGAACACAACAAAGAAAUUAUCGCUGAACAAGAGGAACGAUUCAAACUCCUCGUAGCAAAGCACAUCGAAGAAACGAUAGACGAGGCCGACAGGGUGCAGGGCGAAUCAAACAACUCUUCGGACAUUAAUGCAGUCGAUAACGAUAAUACUCGCACAACGCCCAUCGAAAUCGACCCAUUGACAGCAAUGGUAAUGGAACAAGAAGCACAGAAAACAAGAAAGGCUGAAUUGUAUUUGAAAUAUCGCAAGGAACGAGCAAGGAGGAAAAGAGGAUUGAGCACAGAUGCUCGUGUCAUCGAAAGCGAGAGCGAUGAAGUAGAUCAAGCGUCGGUGAGUGAAUGUCCGAAAGUUCUUGAUACUUGUUGUGGCAAAGGUCAUUUUACAUCCACAUGGCGCAAAUCUUUGCCUUCCCUGUUUUACGUUUGGUUGAUUGAACUGGAAUUUUAGUGUAACUUUUCAUUUUUAUGUUGAUGAAGACUAUAAUGGCUGUGUCUCAAUCAUUUCCCAAUCAUGGUCUCCUUUGACGCCUUGUUUUAAUUGUUUGGUAUUUGUUUCUAUCCCUCACUCCAUAGCUGAUAAUCAUCGAGAAAGAUUUGAAACGAUUGCCGCAUCCAGCUGAACCGAAACAGCCGAUCGUCGGAAAUUUGUCACMACAAUCCAGAACACCGGAGUUAGAUGCAAGAAUAACAUCGUUACGGGAAAUCCUAUACAUGUAUGGUAGGUGCAUGCGACAAUCCUGCAUCAUUCAUUUUGAAUGUGGAGCGCAACAAAAUCUUGGAUAUUGUGAGCUACCAAUAACAUUGUUCAACCCCUCAUAUUCUGUUUCAUCCUUUUUUAUAUUUAGCGCAAGAAAAUCCCGUAAUGGGAUAUCGACAGGGAAUGCACGAGAUUGCUUCCUAUCUUCUUUAUGUUUUAGAAUUAGAGCACAAAGAAUAUCCGGAUCAUCCCCUGUUCAAUCCCAUUCUACCGAUUUGUUUUGUCCUUCUAGAACGAACUUUGGAGCAAUUAAGGACAGCAUACGAU